AUGACAGUUGAUUGCAUCUCUAUGGCCUCGCGCCAUCAUCCCCACCAUCCCUUCAACAAUCCCAGUCUAGACCGGCAUUCGGGUGGGGUGCCAAACGUGGGCAGCAACAACCCUUACGCCAGACACAUGUCGCCAGCGCCCUCGACGUGCUCCCGCCGGUCGCGCUGUGAAUCCGUGGGCUCCGCGCCUUCCAUCUGGUAUUCCGGUAGCCCCGAGCAUUAUCCGGUGGAGCCGAGACGCCGUCAUCCGUCUACCCGUCGCCGCCGGUCUACUUCUCACAAGGCCCGACACUCACAACUAGUACAGCCGGAUAUUAUCGACCAACUAGAUAAUGUGACCGCUUUUUCAUAUCACCACGAGGGCCCGUAUGACGCCGCCCGCCCCGAGCGCAAUCGGUUUAGUCAAUCCAGCCCAUUGGAAGCUGUCAGGGAAUCCAAUGCCGAGGCCCUGCGAGCAACUCCCCAGCACAAAAUCUCAGAUGCUUUGAACAGCCACAGACCUUUGGAUGGCGUGGCCUUUUAUCCUCCCGGUACCACGGACCGCAAUGGUCAAGAGUACUCUUACGAAGAGGGCUCAAACAUGAUGAAUGAUUUUGCUGGCAACUUCAUGCGCCUUCCUGGCAUGAAAUUUACCGACGAAGAUUUCAAGAAUGAUCCAUUCUACAACCGCCCUGUCGUUAACCCAUUCUCCCAACUUCGAAAGAGUAUCAGUAUGCGAUUCAAGAAACGCCGCGGCACUGCCUAA